UCAGCAUUCAGGUUACUGCUUCCACACGCCAGAGAACGCGUCAGGAUUGCAAAAUCCAACAUACGUAUUCCAAGCCACCCCACUGAACUGUACGAAACCGAUCGUCCCGAAUGUCAGGAAUCUGCAGAACACGUCUCGCCGAGGAGCGGAAGCAGUGGCGAAAGGACCAUCCAUUCGGCUUCUAUGCGAAGCCUACCAAGGCCGCGGAUGGAUCCAUGAAUCUGAUGGAGUGGGAGGUCGGCAUCCCGGGAAAAGCUGGGACACCAUGGGAGGGCGGUGUAUAUAAGUUAAUGAUGAUAUUCCCUGAGGAUUACCCAUCGAAACCGCCGAAGUGCAAAUUUAGUCCGCCAUUAUUUCACCCGAAUGUUUAUCCAUCAGGGACUGUCUGCUUGUCUAUCUUGGACGAGGAGAAGGGGUGGAAGCCCGCCAUCACCAUCAAGCAGAUCGUCCUUGGGAUCCAGGAUCUUCUCGAUGAUCCCAACGUGAAUGACCCAGCGCAAAGCGAUGCGUAUACUAUGUUCAAAAAUGACAAGGUGGCGUACGAGCGUCGAGUACGGCAACAAGCCCGUGAAAACAUUCCUAAAUGAGUGGAAACCUCUACAAGUGCUGUGCCUUGCUUUCCAUCCUUCUCUCACACUUGCUAUGUUCAUGCUAUAUACUUUCCACGGGCUUAUUCGGGUCACCACGUAUUAUGUGCAAGGAAACUGUAUACAAUAAUCUUAUGACCGACGGAAACCCGCCAAAUCUGAGAUAUCAUCUCAAAUCGCCGUGGAGCGAGUGGCAUGAACGGAAC